CGAAGCGGCAAAAAUGACCUCACGCCCCCCCCCCCCCCCCCGCAAAAACCCAUACUUCAGUGUUUGAGGCUGAAAGUUUUUCUGUAACAACUAGGAACAAAUUGGGGUGCGUGUUUUAAAAUAUGCUCAAUGGAUAGAGAGCAUCUAAAUCUAUAUACUAAUCACAAAAAAUGAAAAACGAAAAGUCUGAAAAUUUUAUGCCCGAAAAGGGGGUCCCCUUAAGACUCAUAAAGCCUCUGCUAUAUCUUAGGAAAAACGAAAAUUGCGCAAUAAAAAGAAUAAAAACUUUUCCUGAAACAAAAGUUCGAACUUUGAUUUCAUGAUUAUAUUCUUUUUUUUGUUUAGACUGGUUUUAGUAAACAAAAUAAUACACAUGUAUUUUAUUAUAUUGCACGUCGUUUUAAAGUAAAUGAAAUGAAUUGUGAUUUAUUAAUAUGUCAUGUAUUAUUAACAUUAAAACCAUUUCAAGCCAAACUGUUUGAAUUAGUUGUUGAUUUUACUCAUACAUGUACAGAUAGUCGUUUUAAAACUGAUUAUUUAUCUAAAUGGUUUGUUUGUAUACCUGAUUGUUUUUAUUAUAAUCUUCAAGCGGUUUAUAUAUAUAAUUGUAAUUCCUGGGUACGGGAAUAUACAAAAUAUCAUGAUAGAAUAUUAUCAACAAUAAAAGGUUCAAGAAAAUUAAUAUUUCUUGAUCAUAUAUCACGUUUAAAUGAUUUUAUUGAACCUGAUCAACAAAAAUUUCCUGGACAUACAAUAUCACUUCAAGAAGUUCUUAAAGUAUUUAAUAAUGCAUUAAAAUUAUCACAUAAAGAUACAAAAGUUGCAAUUAAAGUCGGUCCACAAGCAAUAA